GAUCGGAGAUCUCCGAGGAGCGUAAGAGUGGGAGUGUUCACGCACGAUUGUGUCUAACAUUUAUUUUUUCACCGGCCAAAUCAUCGUCAGUGAUGGGGGAGAACCACCUCAAUGGAGACAUUAUGGAUUAACCAAUAAUUACCCCAGACAAAGUAAACAUACCGGAUGCAGUGACACGAUACCAAAGCAAUUAUGUAACCACAAAUCCGAGAUUUCACCUCGAGACCGAAGACGUUCUUACAGGGACAAGGUGGACCAUUAGGCUACAAAUACACCCAAACUGGUCCGUGAUUUGACUGGACACACUGGAGCCCGUACAACGCGGUAAAUAUUUCAAUCAUUUGCUUUGGGGAAUGUGAUCCUCCCUUACCGAAUGCACAAAUCUAGUGAAAAGAAGAAAAAAAACAAUUAAAAAAAAAUAAGUGCAACCUUUCUGUCACGGAAAUCUAACGUUACUUUUACGGUUGUGCCGCCGUGAGCUACCCAAGUUGCAUUUUCUCCUCUCACCCUAACUUGACUGUGCCGGAGAAAUGAUUUCAGCAGACGUCACUCAUCUGCAUAGGGAGUAAAAUGCAACCAUCCUGCAUCAAGCUCCUCACGAAACCCGAAACGCACUCCGCCACCUCGCCGUGUGAUUAAAGGACCUCCUAAUUGCUGCGUAAACGAAACUACAAACAUGGAAGGAGUAGGAUGUUACUAGCAUCCGCCGUGUUGGUAUGGGAAUGGCUGAACGAGCACGGACGCUGGCGGCCCUACAGCCCGGCUGUCUGUCAUCACAUCGAGGCAGUCAUCCGGAGCGACCCGCGGUGUGGUAGUGUCGUCCUCGGCCAGGUGGACUCUCGCCUCUCGCCCUACAUCAUCGACCUGCAUUCCAUGCACCAGUUCCGACAAGACACAGGUACCCUUCGACCGGUACGACGUAGCUUCUACGACCCCACCUCGGCGCCGGGCCAGGGCUGGCUGUGGGAGUGGGAGAACGACGCCGGCAGCUGGACGGCGUACGACACGGAGGUGGGCAUCGCCAUCCAGGCAGCGCGCGACCGCCAGCAGCCCUGGCUGGACCUGGCGCCGCUGGGCUUCUGCUACCUCAUUGACUUCGAAAGCAUGACCCAGAUCAACGGGCAGACGCAGCGCUGCCGACGCAUCCAGCGCCGCGCCGACCUGGCCUACCCGCUGGUGUCCGGGCCCCUGCCCAAGUCCCACCACGCCUGGGGGCCCAUGUCCAUGCCCAGCCACGGGGGACUGCUCGGCGUGGACGUGUCCGGCGCCGGCAUGGGGGUCCGGAUGAGCGGCGGCGGCGGCGGCGGUGGCGGCGGCGGGACCGGCAAUGGGAGCGCGUACCCCAGCGGGGCACUCCCGGCCUCGGCCAUCACCUCCCUGGGACAGCCCUGCGCCUGUCAGCAGUGCAUGCUGGUGCUUAGCGUCAAGGCGGGCGCCAUGUCCGCCCACACUCUGGGUCGGAGGCCCCCGCAGACCAAGCCGCCCAGCCCCAAAAUCAGCAGUUACCCCGUGCCGGGCGGGUCGUAUUCCUUGACCCUCCCGCGACCUCCCUCCCUGUCACGGUCCUAUUCCCCCAACAGGACGUCCGUAGUUGGGGCGACGGGUGGCUUCGGCGUCGGCGGCAUGGGCGGCGGCCCAGGGGGCGUCAGUUUCGGGGGCGGCGGCGGCGCCAGCCUCGGUUACGGAGGAGGCUUCCCCCACUCGCUCUCCCUCCUCAACUCGGCCACCGGCGCCCUCUCCAUCUCCUCCGCCCGGCCCCCUCCUCCGCCACUCCCCCCUCUCCCGCCGCCCCCUCCGCCUCCCUCCACCGCCCUCUCGUCCGCCGGCGCUGCCGCUGCCGCCGCCGCCACCACCGCCUCCCCCCCGCCUCCCUCCUCCUCAUCCUCCCUGUCUGCGCCCUGCUCCGCCCCCGCGGCCCCCGCUCCGGGCCCGCCACUCAUCUCUACGGCUGCCUCCACCUGCACGCCGUCGCCUUCGGCCCGCGUCCUGGGCCCAGUGUCUUCGUCCGGCGCCGCUGCCUGCGCGGCCCCUCUGCCGCCCCGGUCCAGCCUGGCGGGGCUGAGCCGACCUGCGCUGCAGCGCAUAGCCAUGGCCCAGUCGCGUGCCCUCAUCGCCUCUGGAGUGCCAACUGUUCCAGUGAAGAACCUGAAUGGAUCAAGUCCUGUGCACCCUGCCCUGGCAGGCAUUACAGGCAUCCUGAUGAGCGCCGCAGGACUUCCUGUCUGCCUGACCCGCCCUCCCAAGCUGGUGCUCCACCCUCCCCCCGUCAGCAAGAGUGACAUCAAGCCCGUGCCCGGUCUGGGCCACUGCUGUCGCAAAACCACCAAGAAGCAGGCCCGCAAAGGAAAGACCCCUGAGGAGGUGGUGAAGAGGUACCUUCAGAAAGUCCGCAACCCCCCAGAGGAGGACUGCACCAUCUGCAUGGAGGCCCUCGCCGGGCCAUCGGGCUACAAGGGCCCCGGCGUGGGGGGCAUCUCCCGGGCCGAGUCGGUGGGCCGCCUCGCACAGUGCGGCCACCAGUACCACCUCCAAUGCCUCGUCGCCAUGUACAACAACGGCAACAAGGACGGCAGCCUGCAGUGUCCCACCUGCAAGACCAUCUACGGGGUCAAGACCGGCAACCAGCCCCCGGGCAAGAUGGAGUACCACGUCAUCCCGCACUCGCUACCAGGCCACCCGGACUGCAAAACCAUCCGUAUCAUUUAUAACAUCCCUCCUGGCAUCCAGGGCCCAGAGCACCCGAACCCGGGCAAACCGUUCACCGCCCGCGGGUUCCCGAGGCACUGCUACCUCCCUGACAGCGAGAAGGGACGCAAGGUUCUGAGGCUCCUCCUGGUGGCGUGGGACCGCCGGCUCAUUUUCUCCGUGGGUACGUCCAGCACCACCGGCGAGUCGGACACGGUCAUCUGGAACGAGGUGCACCACAAGACGGAGUUCGGCUCCAACCUGACGGGCCACGGCUACCCGGACCCCGGCCACCUGGACAACGUGCUGGAGGAGCUGAAGGCUCAGGGCAUCACGGAGGAGGAGUGCCUGCCCAGAGACUGAGCGGAACGGAGACGGAAACGCGCAAUCCCGGGACAAAUCCACCCACUUUUAUUUAUUUUUUUUUAGUGUCUGCUGGGGGAAAAAAAAAACAUGAACUGAGAGGACUUUAACCAACAAGAACGGACAACAACUUAAAAAAAAAAAAAAACUCUUUCCGGGAGCGUCGGUAAAAGCUGAGAAAUGGAAUGUCUCCCCGUGACUGCAUGAGUCAGUUUUGACACAUGGGAAAAGUUUUUUUUUUUUUCUCCCAAUGCAGUAACAGUGUCAAGAUCGACAGAUGUUGUUCAGUGAGACCACUGUGCAACGUACGAGUCAGUGUUAGAUAUACAAAAAAAAACCCCAACAACUUUCAUUUAUACUGUGAGACUUCAUUUCAAGAAUGUAACAACGUGAGUUUUGCUGAAUUGGUCGUGUGUUUAGCGAUGCUGCUGCUGCUGCUGCUGCUGCUGCUACUGCUACGUGGGAACUGAGAAGAGGUUCAACCGAAAAGGAGGGACGUCUGUAAGCUGUUUCGCGUGUGAAGUCCACAAGCAGAACAAACUUUGUCAUUGCAGAUGAAUAUUUCAAACGUAUAACUGGAUAUCUGAGCAUGAAUAUUUGCUGACCUCUAGUGGUACUUUUCCAGAACUACAUUCCUGUUUAGGUUUGAUUGACAUUUUAUUGUAUUGUUGUAUAUUAUGAAUACUUGAUAUCUGACAUUGUUUCCAUUCUAUCAUUUUAAAAAUAU